CUGACUGUUAGAGUCACAUUUACAAAUAUGAAGACCGGUAAGGUUGAAUGCUCUCGAGGGUGGCAAUAUACAGCAACAAAUCUUCUGGGCGAUAAAAGAGAGAGCAUGUGCAAGAAUGUUUUACUUCAGCGAUCAAUUUUAGGACGCAGUAAUACACACUGCUUAAAAGUCCCUCCUCCACCAUUCACUUAUGGAAUAAAAAGUGUGAAAACCAGUGGUGUUUCUGAUGCUCUUCACUGGGUUGAUGAUACCACAAUACGCCAGAAGUCUAAUGAGCAUAUCUAUCUUACUCGGGACUUCGUGGCAUUAAACUGUGAUUCUGUAAGGCAGGGCGUGACAACAAGCAAGGAAAUGACUCAUUUUAGGGCGUUACACGACAGACUGAGAUCGAAGCAAGCGAAACGCAGAUCGAGAACAGAGUCACCGAAACUACAUUUGGAUGUCACUCAUGGUGUACCUAACAAAGCCUCUACGCCAAUUCAAGAAAUCCUUUCAAAUAAAUAUCAAAAAGAUUGGAUCGAUGCACAGAUGAAGAAAUCAGACAAAGUAGAAGCCAAGUUGCUUGGACUAAAGAUCAUGUCCAGAAGAGUUAACCAUCCUGACACAGAUGCGAUGGUUAGGAGAAAUUGCAUGAAAAAAAACAAAGAAGAAAGCUUCUGGAAGUUGAAGAGGUUUGAACAAAAUACAAUCUACUUGAACUGAGAUACAUAUGGCUAGUAAGACCAGUAGAAUUAAACAAGUGUCCCGAUCAACAUGUACAGAAGAACCCCACAAAUCCUAAUAAUUUUAAGUGAGCACGAUAAGCCAUUGGCAUUCUACAAACUAUUGCGGAAAAACAAAAGUUUAAUAUUUAGUGAUGUACGGUUGAAACUAAAACGUCAUCAGUCAAAAGGGUCGGGUAACUGGUUUGUGAUCGCUGAAGUAAUAAUCACGUUUACUAAGAUGACAGCUGAAAUCAAAGUUAGGCAUAAGAUUUUAAGAGUAGUUCAUUGAACAUAAUAACUGACGUCUGACAACUAAUUUUGAUAAUUCGUACUAAAGUGAUUCAGAGGUAACUGAACGCGAAAAGUUUGGCAAGGUGUGAUAUUCCCACCCAUUUAUAUUACAUAUGUAAUUAUAUAUAAACCCACUACCUAGUAUUUGUUUUACAGCUUUUGAUUGUUACUGAAAUCUAUGAGAGUUAGAAUGGUGGUGCUCCUAAAUCUUCUUAUCUUAAUCAAUAGAAACUAGUGUGAGUAUACAAAAGCAGAGCGUGUGAAAGUAUGUUAACUACUCGAUAUUCCUUUGACAGUAAGCAACUUACUUGCCGUACAGAUAAUUACACUAGCACCUUCAUUUUAAGAAGAAAUCAACCAACUUCUAUUGUUAUUCAGCAAAAUACCUCCCAUAUUAACUAAUGUUUGUUUAAAACAGUAUGGGGACGUUGGAGACUUAAUAACACGUGUUAAUAAGAUAACUGUGAUUACCGACCGGAAAAUCUGUGACUGUAGGUGCAUCGAAUUUUCAUCUCCUAGAUUUGAAGUCUCAGUAUCGGCAAAUACUUUCGAUCACAAGGAUUCAUUCACUCUAUUCAAACAAUAUUCUCUGUACCUACCAUCCUUAGUGUUAGUGAUGAUACUAUUAUUUAGACUUCUUUGAAAUGUAUUUUGUGAAUUUCACCUUGGUGUGGGGUCGGUGUACGAUCGUCCCAGGUCCUAAGUUUAUUCCGAGUGAGUAAUGACUAUACCAUAGUGCUUAAACUUAACCACUUACCUUUGUAUUUUAAUUAUAGGCUGUUGGACGGAUAAACACAUUUAGAAAUGAAGAAUAUAGAAAACUUGCAUUUGAAAAAGAUAAAAGCAGUAAGAUAUCACGAAUCGGAUUGCAUGGCCAUGGAAUUCAACGUACAGGAGAAUCUGCAUAAAUACCAUUCGUCUUUGCGCUGCACAACUACGAAAAAUACACUUAUUAGGAAACAGCCCAAAAUAAACUAGAAAUCUGCAGCAAAGUUGUUCACCCUGAAAACAACAACUUCGUUAUUUAUUUUCAGUUUCGAGAAUAUUUUGGUGGUACGAUAGGAAUACAAGGGUCGCAUUCUGUAUGAUGAAUAGGAAAAUAAGGGUCGUGGUAGUGCAACUCACCGAAAUAUGGUCUAAACUAUGUUGUAGUGAAACUGAGCUAAAUGCAAAUGAACCUUUAAAAUACGAUAUACACAUUUUGUAACUAAACAAAACUAUUCUUAAGGUAACAGUGACUCAAUAGUCUAAACAUAAAACUUUCAUUCACCAACUCAUGGGUUAGCAUCUCAUUUAAUUCACUUUAGACAAUAAAAACUGUCGUCACACAACACAUGUUCAGUAAACCGAAGUUAAAAAACUUGGUUAUUAUUAAUCUAUCAACAACAUACUUCGAAGCUGUUUACCAAUCACAGUAAAACGUUUUUAUAAUAUAAGACCUUUAAGGAAUAGUUAAAUUUAUACAAAACACUAAGACAAAAGUGACUAAGGG